AUGAAUAAAGAAUUAAAUAUUCAUAUAAAUGGGGUGCUAUUUGUCAAUGAAACUAAAAAUAAUAAAUUAGAUAAUGAAGAAACAAAAAAAAAAAUAUAUAUAUAUAAUAAUUUUUUUUUUAAUUUAAAUGAUAAUUAUAAUGAGUAUAUAUGUAGGAUAAAAAAUUUUCAUAUGUUCUCUAGUUGUACAGAAAUUGCAAGUUAUAACUCAAAUUUAACUAAUGAUUGCCUCACAUCUAAAAACUCUACUAAUUAUUUUUAUAAUGUUUUGGUUCCUUUUGAUAAUUCUUACAUGAAUGUGAAAAUAACAGAUGCAUUACAGGGAUCAAUAAUAGAUUAUUCAAAAAAUUUAAAUAAUGGAUCUUCUUUUUAUCUUCCUUAUUACGUUAAAGAGCCUAUUACUUGUAUGUAUAAAGAUGAAAAAAAUAAUACUGUUGCAAAUUACAUUAUCUUAAAAAAAAAUGAAAAAAAAAUAUUAGGCUGUGACUUUAGUGAUAACAGUGAAUCAUUUCUUUCUUAUCAUUUUGAUUUACAGAAUUUUAAAGAAGAAAUAUUAAUUUGUAAUAUUCAUGCUAAACAGUAUGAUUUUAUUGGUUUUUUUUGUUCAUCAAAAAAAAAUUCUACUGAUUAUAAAAUCAGUCCUUAUUCAUGUUUUAAUUAUGUGUAUGAUGAAAAAAUGAAUAUUCAAAAUAUAGAUGAUAUAAUAAAACCCAUAAACUUUAUACCUACUAAUCAAAAUACUAAUAUAAAAAAUCCAAGAUAUGUUAAAAUAAGUAGUGAUAAAGAAAAGAAAUUUUCUUGUGUCUGUACCUAUUCAAAUGAAAACGCUAUAAAGAAUGGAAUAAUGAUAAUUAAUUUAAGUACAGAAGAAACAGAAAAUGAAACAUUAUUAUCAAAAAAAAUAUAUUUUAAAGAAAAUAUUCUACUAACAGAAGAACCAGAAUCGGAUGAUUAUUCAUCUGAUUUAUUUUCAUUAAAUAAUUUUGAAAUUACCUUACCUUUCUUUAUUUUCUUCUUGUUCUUUAUUUUUUAA